CCCCGCCCCGAAGGACACCGAGCCCGCCUUCCGACACAGCUGCGGGGCACAGUCUGGUCAGCGCUUGGGUCCCGCGUGCCUUCAUGCAGGGUAGUACAAGAAGAGCGGGCAUCAUGACUGAUGUCCACCGGCGAUUCCUCCAGCUGAUGAUGACUCAUGGUGUGCUGGAGGAAUGGGACGUUAGGCGCUUGCAGAAGCACUGCUACAAGGUCCAUGACCGCAAUGCUACUAUGGAGAAGUUAGAAGAUUUCAUCAACAACAUUAACAGUGUCUUGGAGUCCCUGUACAUUGAGAUAAAGAAAGGAGUCACAGAAGAUGAUGGGAGGCCCAUUUAUGCGUUGGUGAAUCUUGCUACAACUUCAGUUUCCAAAAUGGCCACGGAUUUUGCAGAGAAUGAACUGGAUCUGUUCAGAAAGGCUCUGGAACUGAUUAUUGACUCAGACACUGGCUUUGCGUCAUCCACAAACAUUUUGAAUCUGGUUGAUCAACUUAAGGGCAAGAAGAUGAGGAAGAAGGAUGCUGAGCAAGUGCUGCAGAAGUUUGUGCAAAACAAGUGGCUGAUUGAGGAAGGAGAGUUUACCCUGCAUGGCCGGGCCAUCCUGGAAAUGGAGCACUACAUCCGGGAGACGUACCCUGAUGCUGUGAAGAUCUGCAACAUCUGCCACAGCCUCCUCAUCCAGGGUCAAAGCUGUGAAACCUGUGGGAUCCGGAUGCACCUACCCUGCGUGGCCAAGUAUUUCCAGUCAAAUUCUGAACCACGCUGCCCCCACUGUAAUGACUACUGGCCCCACCAGGUGCCAGAAGUCUUCGACCCUGAGAAGGAAAGGGAAACUGGCAUCUCCAAGUCAAACAAAAAAGUCCUUGCGGUCCAGGCAGCGUUAGUUGUGCCCGCUGAGGGCUCAUUGCCUGGAGGCCUGCCCGCUGCAGCCCUGUCUGAAAGAGAGGCAUCAGUGUUUCCUGUUCCACGAACCACCUCCCUUUUCUUUACGUUCAUGGUUAAUAUCUUUGGAAUAAAUCGAUCCUAAGGAGUCACUGCCACCUGUGUGUGUGGUCUUGUGCCUCUGUGUAUGAA